AUGUCGCCCGCCCCAAACCCGUCCCAGCCGCCAAUCUACGAACUACCUGACGAUGUUCUUUCUGAAAUAGCGGAAUACGUCAGACAGAACGCCAUCGCCACAGAGUCCUUCCAUAUGCUGAUCACUCACGAACCAACGUCCCUCGACAACUGUUGUUUCGUAUCCAAACGAUUCAACGACAUCUUCCUCCCCAUGCUUUAUAAAACGAUAUCGAUUUCCCCCCAUUGGGAUCCCCGAAAGGGCGCAGUUAUAGCACCAUCGACAUUGCUCAGGAACGCUGCCUUGCUGUUCAAGCGACAGCCUCGAGCUGGCUCCUGGGUUCGCGAGCUGCACAUUCAUAUCGACGAGGAAGUCACAGCGAUGUUGCUGGGCGACAGCGCUUACUCGGACCUAGUGGCGCUGCUUCGCAAUACCACGGGGUUGAUCAGUUUGCACUUGGUCGGAAUGACCUCACUAACCUGGGGGUUAAUUCACCCGGACAUACAAUCUGCUCUUCGACACCGAUGUUUGACUCUAGAACAGAUCGUCGUAGAAACGCGACUGGUACCCCCAACUAUCACACUGUCAUCUCCUUCCCUAUUUUCCUUGACCCUUGUCGGCACCCAGCUGGAACGUGACGAGCUCGAACGGGCGUCGCAAUCGUCGGAUUGGACAGCGGAAUCGCUGGAUGCGAGUAGAGCUCCAAUGCUUUACUCUUUUACUUGCCACAACGAUUGGGAUAUUCUCCCUGUUUAUCGUCAAGUAUGCCCAUCGGCAUUCGAAGCAUUGCGAUCCCUGGUCCUCUCGAGGGCGGGACAUUUCCCCUCCGCAAACCAAAUGUUGGACCUCCUCAGACUUGCGGAAAGCAGCCUCGAGUCAGUUCGCAUCGACUUCGAUGAAUUCAACUUGGUACCUCUCCGAGGGCCAGGAUCCGCUCCCUGUCUCGACUUUACGAAGAUGGAGAAUCUUCGUGAAGUGAGCCUUCGAUACGCGUGCAAUUUGGGCCGCGCUUAUAGCCUAGAGUCGGGACAAGACGCUCGGAGGUACGAGGACAUGUUGGUAGAGACUCUUGGAACACUUCGAUUCGGACAUCGACUCGAAGAUAUCGACAUAGAGCUUACGUGGCUGUGGGAGACCUACGAGGGCCUUUGGGAAGAUAGAUUCGAGGAAGAAGCCAAUUCCUUCUAUUUGAGGAUUCCAUCCUUUUUGCAAAGGUUGGACUUGGCGUGGGCGGACUUUGCUCAGAGACAGGAGCAGAAUGGGUCGCUGAAAAGACUCCACAUCCGUUUAUUCCCAUGGGUGGGACGGGGGCGGUUGAGUUCGACAGAAGCUUUGGCGGUGGAAUUUGUUGGCCGGCCACUUGGUGACCUUUUUCCAACUUUGCACGCAGCGAACUUCUUCACGUAUCAAUUGAUGUAA